AUGUGUGUGUAGGUAAGACAGCUUUGGCUGUGAGCUUGGCGCGGUACUACAGUGCUGCGUGUUUGAACAUAGACUUAGUAGUGCAAGAGGCAGUGUCAUCUGGAACCAGCACUGAAAGCAAGCAGGCCAGAGAGCUGUUUGGAGCCACAAUUGAGUCUGUGCCAGGCACAGCAGAGUAUACUGCCCCAGCUGUGUUAAAUGUGAUGACUGUGGCUAGUCAGGCUGAAGGCAUUCUCAGUGUUGAGGCAUUAGCCAAGCACACUGCUGAGGGUAUUCAGGACACUGACUCCAAAGCCCCCACAUCUACUAUCUCAACAAACAAUAAGACCAGCACCGUGGGAGCAAAGAAAAAUGAUGGCUCUAAUCCGACUGCUACAGUGGCUGGUCCAACUCACAGCCUCUCUAAUGAGAAUGUGAGUCAGGUGGGUGAGCUGGGAGGCAUGAAUAGUUUACUGCCUGAUGAUCUCCUGGUAGAGAUACUGUCAGAGAGACUACAGCUUAGCGACUGCAACCGAGGCGUCAUGAUUGAUGGCUUGGAAACAAUGUACUGCCGCUUUCCAAGCACUGUGCUCCAUGUCAUCAUCAAAGUCUUCAACAACCGCCAGCACAUCUAUGUUAUCAACCUCACCGACAGCUACUUUGAAUUCAGAUCCAGAGAGAGAGCUCAACUGGAGAUGACAGGUGAUGGUGGAAGGAAAAAAAGGGAACAGGAGAAAAGAUGAUAUUGAGAGGGUGGAAAUAGAGAAGGAAGUUAAAGUGAAAGUAGGAAAUACUGUGAAACAAGGAGUGUAUUAAACUAUUGAAUAAAAAACAUAUCUAUAAAGUACAUAUUAUCUUAGUAGCAUUUAUUUAAAUGAGCGCAUUCAUGCACAGAAUUAGACCGAUUAAUAGAGCAGUAAAUUAACGGGUGCAGUUAACAAAACUUGUUUGUAUGUGAUCAGAGGCCUUACAAAGGGAAUAGACUGAAAGAGAAAAGCUGCAUGUGCAGGAGAUGGAUGAGGAUGAGUAUGACACCCUGUGCUAAAGGAACAUAUGUACAGGUAAUCUUCAGCUCCAUGGCAGUUUUACUAAAAAUAAAAUAACAUUUAAAAAAAGUAUACAUUGUAUAUUUUAAGCACAUGGUUUUAAGUUUAUAACUGAAUCUGGAAAACCAGGUUGUUGGUUUUAAAGUAAUAAUAAUGGUAUAAAAUUAAAUUUGAUUAUGGAAUUAAUUUGAUUAUGUAUUAUAACAAGCAAGAGCGGGAGCAGGAGAAGAGGCAUCCGGAGGAGAAGCUCAGAGAGGAGGAGGAGCUGAAGAAAAGGUACAAGAGAGAAAGAAAGGAAAUACUUACAGAGGAUAUAACAGAAAGGAGAAGUCAGUUGGGAGUUGCCCAGGUCAGAGAUGCUGGUAGUUUAAAAAAAAAAAAUAAUAAUAAAAACAUGCUAUUGCAAGAAAAAAAAAUUAUUUUGAUUUGAUAUGCUUCCUAUAUAUAGCCUGUUGUAGAACUGCACUCUGACUCUGGACUGGAACAGCAGCCUAAAGGUGGUAGAAAGAUAUCUUCCUGCACAGAAGCCAAAGACUCACUUUUGGAGCGUGCCAGAGAACUUGACGAAGGAGGCAAAAAGAAAGCCAAAGAUGGCAAAGACAGCAAGCCAACUGGCCAUGAUAAUUCUUUUCUGCCACUUUAUGAACUGGAGAAAGAGCUGGUCAGUUGGAGCCAGUGCUAAAUCAAUACUAACUGUUAAAGUCAUAAAGUAGAUAUUUUAUAAAGGCAUGUGAGGUGCUUUAGCUGUAACUGGGUAAAUCUAAGCCUAAUCUCUUUUCUUACCUUACUAUAAAAAGGAGAGCUUAACCCUGCUUAGUUUGCAACAUUUUGGAUAAAGCUCAUAUACUCUUGGCCUAAUUCCAGCAUUUCUUUGGGUCUGAUGUUACCAGAUAACUGAGGCCGAAAGGCAGUUGUUUUCCUGCUUCCAGCUAUAUGAGCAGAGCCAACCACUGAUCCAGCACAUGCUGCAGAAAUGGGAUAGGACUCAGGGCCUCCUUCUGAAUUCUCUUCCUUCAGAGGAUCAGGACCAGGGGCCUGAGGAAGUGUGGAGCCAAUUUUAGUCCACUAUCCUAACACUAUUAGAACUUAUCAUAGAAUUGGGUACUUGCAUCCAACAGCCUCUUAGAGAAGAAAACACAGAGAACCAGUGAGUGAGGAAAGGCAAAAGGUCCAAUUUUAUUGUUCCACCACACGUGAUCCACACAGUUGAGACGUCCAAAGAGUGAUCUAAAAAAAACCAGGAGUGAGGCUCCCCUAUUUAUACAGCUCUUCCUUCUUAGUUCCCGCCCCUGGUUGUUUUUCCCACACCUAUAUUCCUUUGUUUUAGGUCAUUUCCAAACCCAUUAUGUCAAUAGAAGUGUAUUUUCUGUCUCCCAUUAUCUCCUGUUUUCUGUGAGUUCUGAUAACCCUUAUGUUUGCAUUUUGGGUGGUUUCCCAUCCCCUUAGGUUUGCGUCUUUUUAAAAAAAACUGUCUUCUGCUUUUCAUGUCAUUCUUGAGCUGACUUUCACUGAGAGAGGAUCUUGGCCACACUGCUGUUUGUUUUUUUCCCUAAUCAUGGGUAAGUUUUAUUUUUUGGUCUCAUUCUACCUAAUGUGUGUUUGCCCUACCAUUUUUUUACUCCUAACUAUGCAUUCUGGGUGUGUGUGUAGGUGUAGAUCCUAGUACUGUUUUCAGCUGAACAUCAACUCCUUUUUCCCCCCGCCUUUGAAGAUUUGGGACCUGAAUACUCGCUAUCAGCUUGCACACCUCUCUGUGGAUUUGGCCCUCCUGGCUGAGGUUCUCUGUACUCCCUCUGACCUUUCUGGGUUUCCACCACCCUUGAGAUACAGGAUCAGUCCAGCUAAGGUAUAUGCGGAUGCUUCCACUCAAACUGAUCCCUGCCUGGUUAUCUCACCUGACAAUUCACCUGACCAUCAUGCUGAUGAUAACAUGACCUAUUCUGAUCCUGACUCUGUUCCCUUCUCCCCCAGUAGCCCCGGCUACACUCCUCCUUAUCUGUCAGCACGUUCUGGUUCUUCCCCUGGUCACACGCCUUAUUAGCCCUUUUCACCUCUCGACUACUCUCCCACCAGUCCCGU